CUCGCCCUCCCGCCCCCGGCCCCGCCCGCUGCCUUCCCUCGGAGCUGCCGAGCCAUGGGCUGCUCCAGCAGCGCCCGCAGCCGCCCCCAGGAGCCCCCCAGCAGCAGCGGGGCGCCGACGAGGGCAUCAUCGGGGGAGAACUCCCCGAUUGCUGAUGAUUACCAGACCGUAGCUGACCAAACACAGCUGGAUGCAGUGGAGGGUGUGAGCCUGGCCUCUGAGGAGCUGAAAUUGGGCGACCACCUGCCAGGGGAAGAGGCCACAGCCGUGACUCCCGCCUUGGAGCCAAAGAUUGACUUGGUCCCUGAGAGAGAGGAGCCGGAGGGUACUGAGCCGCCGCGUGUAGCACCGGAGCAGAGCUCAGAGCUGCCAUCUGUGUGGCGAGAGGAAAGCAGCGGGACUUCACCGCCAGCACUGAGGGACGGUGGUGGGCCACCAGCACCACGACCGGCAGGUGACAGUGCGCUGGUGGAAAGCACUGACAGCUUUGUGGUGGAAACCAUCAAGAAUGUGCAUAUUGCUGAAGAGGACCACUUCAUUGAGGGUGAGACGGGAGAACAGGUGGAAACUGAGCUGCUCAGUCAGAUAGUAAGUGGAGGGCCUGAAACAAAAGAAGAGGAAACAGGAGAAGUGGAUGGCGCAGCAGCGACAGAGAUAGAGACAACUGGUAACAAAGACUAGAAGCUGCGUCUGUAUGAACAUCCUCUUGUUGGGCCGGCCCUUCUGUCCACAUGAAACUUUUUAAAUUUCACUGCGUUGGGAAAAUAGAGCUUUUUAUGGAUGGAGCCACAAACCAGAAUAAGAAGCAUCAAAGGAGGUUUUAUGUAUGUUUUUGAAGUCAAGCUGCCAAGACUUCAAGUGUUUGAAAUACCUGACCUGGUACCUCCCUGCCACAGAGUGCCUUCCGUACAUCGCCAGCACUGCGGGGUGAUUCUGACAGAUGUAUAACCAUCCAGUUUUCAAUUAGGAGUCUUUCCAGGUUCUAACUUCAAACCUCUGAAACCUUCAGCGUUACAUAGGAUAAAGAAUAUAGUGUAGACUGGUUUUAGUUUCAUUUUAAUGGUAGCAUAAGCAGAAAGUCAGAAAGGGAAGUCCUACUUCUGAGAACUCCUGCAUGUGCAGGUAACCCCUCCGACUGCCUGCACAACCAGGUUAUGGAGCUGCUGCAGCGAGCUGCACUCAGAGGAGUGGCACCCUAACUGCCAAUUUGCUGGGUGUAACUGAAUGCAAAGGUUAGUUUUUCAGGCAGUGAAAGAUACACAGGUUGCAAUGUACAGUAACCAAGUAGGUGCCUUCUGCUAACUCCAUUUUUAAACAUAUUUACUGAAAGGAGGAAAAAAAAUGGCAUUUUUAACCAGGAGGAGAAUGUUUUAGUCUUCUGAAGUCUGGCAUACUUAAAAUACAAAUCCACAGUUGUUAGCACGCAUGGUAAUUAAUAGGGCAUCUUUAGCUAUGUAGCUCCUUACAUACACUCAUGGCUGCUAAAACAGAUACCUAACCAGUGAUGUAUGUAAGCCUGUUCCCAUAGGAGAGGUCAUUGUUCCAUCCCGUUUCUCCAGGAGAAACAUGCAUUCAGGAAUGGUGUUAUGUUCCAGAAUGCUAAGGAAGUAUUUCGGAGCUGAAGCUGAAUGACAAAACCUUCAAACAGAAUGUAUGUUGAAAAGAAGCCCCAUAUAUAAUUGGUCUUAUGGAUCUGAUAGAGUAGAACUUCGAUCUGAUGGUGAGUGAUGCAAAGGGACUCUGUCCAUUUUUAUUGGAGACUGUUUGGAAGACCCUCUGGUGUAAGGAAGUAGAACACGGAGGAAAGGUCAAGCAUCUCAGAAGGGAAAAUGUUGCUAUUUUCAUUAGCUUUACUGUACAAAUGGUCUUCAACAAUGUUACUGUCAGCAGCAAAUUAUCAAAAUCCCCUCUAAGCUAAAUUUUGUGCUGCAUAUGCACGCCUGACUUCAGCUGACUUUGGCCUUAUUAAAUAUUUUAAUUGAUAUCCUUGGCCUACCAGCUUUUUCUCCUUUAGCUGAUGUUCCUUAGCUGUAGCACUGCAUUUAAGGUUUUCUGCCAGUCAGCAAUCUUUUCAGACUGGGCUGUGUUCCUCCUGCAUGCUGGGGAUUUGGUUUCACUACCAGCACCUGAGCUGGCACCACCCAAAUGUAGGGAGUCUGCUGUGCUGACUGCUUGCAAGUUACAUGUUAGAUCCAGAGAUGCAGUUUGACUCCAUAUAUUGAAAGAUUUAAAAACAGAACUGAUGGCAUUUCCGUAAAGACCAGCAGCAUUAACAGCACCAGCAGAGACAGCGUUUGGAAAUAAAAUAGGAAGAUACAAGAGUCAAGAUAAACUGUUCACCUCAGAAUCACUCUCACUGCCACCACUGUUACAAGGAAGACAGGUGACAGUAUACACUCCUACCUCCUUAUUCAGCUUUUUCAAUCAUUAGAAGCAAUGCUAAUUGGAAACAAGAGGAAGGUUACCCGACCAGUGACUCAGCAGGUCAGCCCUUCUCUGUCAUCGUCAGUCUUUACGUAUCUUGUAAUGCUUGGCACUGUGCUAAACAUGAAAUGUUAAUUGUAUUAAUUACAAAAUCAGAAUUCAGAUGCUAGACUUAUGCUGAACAUCCCUCUUUUGAGAAAUAAGACAGGAUCCCGCUGAGGCCUAGUAUUUAUGGUCUCUAAGCUACUACAAUGUGUACCAUGCAUAAAGGGCCAAAAUGCAUGCAGUUAUUUGUUUCUGCAAACCUCUGCACAUCACAGAGAUUGCCAAGGGCAGAAAUUGGUCUGUGGAUCAAACAGCUUGCUCAGCUUGAAUGCUCAGAAGAGGAUAUGCUCUGGUACCUGUUUACAAGAUAUACCUGCAGAGCUAGUACAAUGUACCUUAGCAUUUAUUUUAAACAUCACCAAAAUAAAAAGGCAUAAAUGUGUAUCGAAAGCUGGACAAUCUUAAAUCUCAAACUUCAUCCAAGCUAGCACUUACCGUUCUGUGCUACACUAAGUGUUGAAUAGAAUCACAGAAUGGCCUGGGUUGAAAAGGACCACAAUGAUCAUCUGGUUUCAACCCCCUGCUGUGUGCAGGGUCACCAACCACCAGACCAGGCUGCCCAGAGCCACAUCCAGCCUGGCCUUGAAUGCCUCCAGGGAUGGGGCAUCCACAGCCUCCUUGGGCAACCUGUUCCAGUGUGUCACCACCCUCUGGGUGGAAAACUUCCUCCUAGUAUCUAACCUAAACCUCCCCUGUCUCAGAUUAAAACCAUUCCCCUUGUCCUAUCCACCUUUUUAGUCAUUCUCCCUCCUGUUUAGGAGGAAUAGGACUCUUCAUUGAAUAGAUCUCCACUCUAACUAGAAAGGUAGACAUUUUGUUUCAGUUACUGAAAACCACAGCCUUCUAGAAGUUAAAUUUGGACCCUGCUGGAUCUGUGCAGAUAUACAUGCUAGUGGUAGGAUCCCAGAAGGUACUCAGCAAUCUGGCUUGGAAAGGCUGGCUCUUCUACUCAACGCAUAACUUCUUUCAGAUGAAUACUAUAUUGAGAGCAAGGUGCUUGUAGCAGAACAUUAGGCAGGUUAAGCUUUGUUACAUGUUUUAACAGAGAACAAAGUUUUAUUAAAAUUGCCUACCAAGCUUUAUUUUUGCAUUGUUUAAUCUGUGGGGAACAUAACUGUUAGGAUAAAAAAAGCUAAAAGAAAACCCUGGGAGAAUAUGCAAAUUUAGGAACUGCUUUGCUUUUGCAGAACUAGAAGACCUCAUUUUGUUUCAUGCUGGCAGCUCAGUCUAGCAAACAAAGAAAAGCUUCGCUUACCUUAAGUCCAUUUAAAACUGGAUUUAUUAAGUAUUUUAUAUGUUGCUGAACCAAGACCAAGGAGGUACUCACAACAAUUGUGUUUCAUAUUGGGUAAUUAUAUGGCUCUGCUUUUUGAAAUAAAAAACAGAAUAAAGAAAUAGAACAACUGCUUUAAAAAAAAAUAAAGUUUUAAACGUCUGUGGAAGGCUGAUGUUUAUGUUAACUGCUACAUUAUAGCUGUAAAUUAUUGAAUAAUUGAAAGAAGCUCUAUUUGUGUACCUGAAGAAUAUAUAUUUAGGCAUCUGGACUCCAGCUAAAAGCUAGAUAAUAUUAGAGCUAAAAGUGAUUUUAAAUCAUUACUACAGAAUGGCAUCAGUUAUAUUUCAGACUCAGUCUGAACCUUUCUGAGGAAAGCAGUGAUAUAUUCACAUUCUGUGUACCAACGAAGACACCCAAAGGAGUUCUGUAUUGCUGUGUGUUGUGCUGAGGGACAUGGUUUAGUGGGGAAAUACUGUGAUAUGAGGGCAGUUGGACUGGAUGAUCUUAGAGAUCUCUUCCAACCUUGGUGAUUCUGUGAGAACAAAUGGAAAAUCACCAGCAGGAAGGAGAAAAAAAAAAGGAAAAUAAAAAUCAAAACUGCCAUCUAGUGUUAGGUGUUAAGAUCAGCAAAGCAGCAGUACAGAACAAUUAAGGCAGGCAUCUUACACUGAAAAAUGUUGUGAGGCAUAACUGUCAGUAUUCUUGUACAAAGAUGAAUUUAGCUCGUGUUCAACAUUACUGAGAUCUGCUGAAGAUGAACUAUAAUUGUGCUACAAAAACAGCUAACUGUGUUCCAACAGGGCAGUUAUAUGUGAGCAAAGCUGUAGCAGAGAAACAUGCAAAAAUAUAAAUUAGGAAUCUGCUUAAAUAAUCUAAUUCCACUUCAUUGUGUUAUUCUUUACUGACAGAACAAAGCAACUUCUGCUCUAAGUUUCCUAGAAAGUUAUAUUCACAUCACUACUAAUUCCUAACACGUCCGAUGCUGUUUUGGUGGGAUCACUUCUUAAAUCAAAGCUGUAGAAAAGAAAAGAUGUUGACAGUAUAGCCAGAGAGAGAACAAGGAGAAGCCAAGACUAAUAGCAUUCAUGUGCAGAAAGUUUGUGUGUAGCAGUCAGGUACUUUUCAAAGGUCACUGCUUCAAAGUUCAGAAAGCAAGGAGAAAUUGUUCAUUUAUCCUAAAAACACAAAAAAAACCCCAAGAAAAAGACACAGCCAAUAUUGUGUUAGGUAAGCAGUUACAGGGAGAAGACAGGGAAUCAACUCUAUCCUGAGUUAGCUAGUUUUCAAACUAGUUCUUUAAAACAAUUAAGUAAAAACCUCCAUUUCUGCUUGCUUAGAUAGAAGAUGAAUGCAGAGGAAUGGGAUAGCUUGCUAACACCAGCCUGACUUCUCAGUACUGCCUAAACACACCAAGCAGGUUCAUUCUCUCUCUCAAUGGCAGAGAGAAACGCCAAGAACUGUACUGCCAUAGUAGCUGAAAGCUUUCUCUCUUGAAGGAUUGUUUUCACCCAUAGCUACUGGGCAAGAGAUAAUGAACCUACUCUUUUGGUUUGAAUCAUUUCUUAAAGAAAAAGCAAGAUAGGGAUGUUGGGUUUUGC